UGCGCAGUUGCAAUACGAGCAGCGCAGCCAUUACACUUAGUGCAAAAUCUUUACAAAGCGUCGUUCGGAAUGCAUUGAUCAAACAGUUUACAAAUGUCUUUACACAUUUCGUUCUUGUAUACAGAUGAUAGUUAAAAUCUGAGCAGGAUUUGACGGAUAUCUGCUCGCGAAAGUUGUGAAACUUUAGCAACCGGGUUACUUCUCAAGGUUUAGCGUGUCUGCGUCAGUAAAGGCUAACCUCUUGCCAGUCCAAUUUAUUUCAUGCAAGCUUCGAUUGGUCCUGAGGCGUAGUGUGAUGAUGGGCACACAUCUUAGGAAUGAGUCGUCUGCAGGUAGUUGCAUGUCGUUAUGCGAUGACCUCACAUCUGCAACCGACUCGACUGCAAGCUUAUCUUCUGCACGAGCAUCACAGCAAGGCGAGCAGCUCGAGGCCCCAACUCCUGUUUUGCUCUAUCCCAUCAGUGUUAGCAGUGCUUUUUCAUCAUCAUCAUCAUCAUCAUCAUCAAUAUUUAACAACAGAGACAAUAAUGUCCCUCAUGGUGGUCGAGGGACUGAGGCAGUUUCCACAUCAUCUGAGUUCACCCAUGGUGCAAUUGUGCACCUCAUUGAAGCGAUGCAUAGGUGCUGGGAUGUUUAUAGCUCUCGAGAGCGUUCACUUCUCUUCCAGAGCGUUCAAAAAGAACUGGAGAGUCAUGGUCACUCUUUACCUGUGGAGAAGAUUCGGCGCAAAUGGAAUAACCUCAUUGUUACAUACAAGAGGGUUAAGGAUCGCAGCUCAUUAUGCGGGGGCCAGACAAAGACCUCAUGGGAGUACUUUGAAAUGAUGGAUAAUAUAUUAGGCAAGACAAAAUAUGUUCAGAGAGGCCCUGCUUCAGCCACACUUGUUGGAUUUGCAAGUACAGCUAAAGCAGCUGUAAAGUCAGAGGAUUGUCCAUCUAACAGUGUUCCAGUGGCUGCAAUGACCACCCCAUGUCUGCUUCCCACCGGCAUUAUCACAUCCUCUUCACAGAUCCCUACACUGGUGACUUCCCCAGUGCUGUGCAAAGUCACCCCUAAAUUAAACCCCAGUCCAUCUUGUAGCACAGACUCACCUUUGCCCUCCAUCUCACCCAAGCCAGCUCCAUUGGGAAGUCGUCAGCCACUGAAACGGAGAUUAAGGCAUCUUCGGCUCAACUCAAUGGGCACCCGUGUAGCUCAGCAGCAUGGUGAGGAACGUACAUUACUUCUCCGAAAUUUCCUCACUAGUCAAGAAGAGCGUACCUGCUUAGAGGAGCAACGUCAGCGCAAGAUAGAUGCACGUGAGCGGCGCAAGGAAAAAACUGCACGCAGCAUGGUUGAUGCAAUGGGACGGAUGGCAACUGCAUUGGAGUUGAUCUCAUCCAAGCAAGAUACCAUUAUUGCUCUACUCCAGAGACUAGCUGAUAAGCACUAAGGAAGAGAGAAUAACAGUUUUUACUAAAAUUACUUUUUCACUGAAUUUGAUUUAAUUUUCAAAUGUUUAAAUAGUAUGUUGUUAGUAUGGUCUUGUUGCUUAAUGGUAUGGUUAAGAAGAAUCAAAGUAUGAUUAUUGAUUUGAGAUCCUCUUGCCUAUUCAGAAGGCUAAAAGUGAUGUAAAAUGUAAACAUUUAUGUCAUUAUAUGGCAUCUUUAACUUAUUAACAGUAUAUUUUUCAUGUCAGAGCCUCGUAAUUUAAGUAACCGUUUUUAUUAUGGCUUUUCUGUCUGUUGGAUGUGUGUUAGUAAUAGGGUAUGCGGCAAGAAUGGGUGUACGGAGAAUUAUAUACAAAGAUUUUUUUCUUUAAUUAUUUUAGAGAUAUAUUUUUUUUUAAAUGGAGCAUUAAAUUGUAUUUGAUUUAUUGUUUGCAGCACAUGACAGUAUUAAAACUAGGUAUGCUUCUAACACCUAUGGCCAUUCAUUAUG